UAAGAAGGCUUCCUAACUAUGCCUAAGGACAUGAAGGAGAAUGGUAGCAUCUCAGGCAGACCCUAUCGGUCUCAUGCGCAUCCCGCAUGUCUGCCUUGCCGAAAACGCAAGUCGCGAUGCCGCACAAGAGACUCCUCGGCGACGUGCAUGAUGUGUCUGGCUCAUGCAACUGAAUGUCUCUUUCCUUCAGCUAACCAGCCUGUUCCAAAGAAGCGAACCGUCAAUCUGCAGCAAAAUGCACCCAAAACAGCUCAGCAUAUUGAACGACCUUCCACCCCUCAGGUCGUACUCCCGUCACCCAAGACCAGCCAACGUUCGGACACACCACAACUGGGGAGGCAUCACCACGCAGCCCAUCUUCACACUGCAUACUCAGAUGGCAAGCUUGCAAGUCUAAUGGAUGUGGUUGGCGAUACCGGGGACGACAGCUCCCAUGUCGUCAGCCCAGUUGUUGCCGAUGACAGUAGUAUAUUGGAAGGAUAUCUGUUCACAGUUCCAGAUAAUCGAAGUCCAGGCUUGAUGCACACAAGUUUGAAACCCUGUCGACUCAUGCGGCAGGUACUGUUCAAUACCAUUCCGAGGCGUCCGUUAGGGGUGUACUCCAGUCAAUCUCUCCCGUCUAUGAAAUGCGAGCUCAUCGAAAAAUACCUCGAGCCCGCGACGAAGGAUGUUGUGGGACUGUUCUUUGAAUACGCAAAUAUAUGCUUUCCCGUAUUUGAUGAGGCAUCGUUCAUGAAUGCUUGCUGCACUCGCAAAGCAGAGAUAUCUCCAGCCCUCCUAUGCAACCUAUAUGCCAACUCGCUAAUAUACUGGAAUAAUACACCACAACUGCGUUUGACUCGGACACCCGACAUCCGCUAUAUCUGGAACCAGGCCAACGAGGCUCUCCAUUCCGAACUGUUUCUGUGCCCUGGUAUAUCAACUAUACUGGCGAUGCUGUUGAAUGUCUGCGGAAGACCAAGCACUUCAAUCUUUGGCAAUGGGGGUAUGGUAGGAACAGCGGUAGCCCUAUCUAACGCCUUGGGUUUAAACCGAGAUCCCUCCCAGUGGAACAUCUCUGCCCUCGAGAAAGGAUUUCGCAUCCGUAUCUGGUGGUUGGUCGUGAUUCAUGAUCGAUGGUGCAGCCUCGCCUACGGAACACCGCUCCAAGUUCAUCGCGCCCAAUACGACGUCCCAUUCCCAACCAUGGACUAUCUUCUCCCAUCUCUCGAAACAUCAUCUCAUGAAGCUGCAGCCUCGAUAUUCAUUGCUUUCACAACACUAACCGAAGUGUUGGGUCAAUACCUUGAAUAUAUCUACCACGUCUCCAGUCCCGUUAGGAAGACAAUGACGUCUCUCUCACACCUCCUCACUAAUUGGGAAGAUUCCCUCGACACCCAGACCCGCCAUAUUAUCCGCCGCGGAACCAACUUGACCACCCCUGGCGCGGCAAACCUGCGCCUGGCAUACUUAUCCGUGAAGCUUCUGCUCCGACGCAUCGCACUCGACCUGGACGACGAGCAGACUGAGACUUCCGAUAUUGAUAAUAGGAAUGACAGCACCUCUUCCUCCGUUUCAUUCACACAAGUCGAGCGUGUAGCGGAAGAGAUAGUGCAUCUCGUAAGGGAGCUAGACGAGCAUCAACUGCGUGGAUUCUGGAUUCCUGCGCAGGCGUAUUCGCUUACAUCUGCAACGACUUUUCUUCUACGGAGUGGGCUGUGUAGAGUCAAAUCGCACUCCCUGGAUAGCGGCAACAAUCCACCCUUAGAGUUGGCUAAAGAAAUGAUCGCUACACUGCAGUCUCAUCGACAGAUGUUUGGGUGGGAUCUGGGGGAUGACUGUUUGUCGAAGUGCGGCGAACUAGUAGAGAGGAUUGCGUCCUUGGAUAAUGCCGGGACGGGCUUACCAUUGGAUGAGGAAGCGUCUGAUUCAUUGCAGCCUUUUGAUAUAGAUACAUCGAUCCUGGAUGACCUGUUCUGGGACAUGCCAUAUAUGGGGAACACCUUUACUUUAUAACAC